AUGGCAGCAGUCCAGCCGCUAUAUAGACAGGCUUCAGAUAUCUUUGGAAAACGUGUGCCUUUGAUUAUAUCGAUUGCUAUGUUUAUAUUGGGCAGUGGUCUGUGUGGUGGUGCCAAUAACACUGCUAUGCUUAUUCAUAUCAAGGCUUUUGGGGGAGUUGGUGGAGGAGGACUUUUUGUCAUGGUCGACAUCAUAGUGGCCGAUCUCGUUCCUCUCCGAGAGAGCCAGAAAUACAUGUCCAUGGUUAUGGGCACUUCUGCGCUGGGCACAUUUGUUGGACCCAUUAUCGGAGGGGCGAUUGCUUCGAAAACCUCCUAG